AUGGUUCACUUCUUGCACCCGGGCCUUUCGCCCCGGACCAUCGUCCCCCCGGACGCUCGGGAGGAUAUGCUAGGCUGCCUCGUGGUGCAGGAGGAGGCAUCUCCCUACUCUUUGGUCAACAUAUGCCUGAACAUCCUGGUUGCUAACCUGGAGAAAUUGUGUUCUGAAAGAUCUGAUGGAACACUUUGUCUUCCGGAGCAUUGGAGUUUUCCUCAGGAAUUAGCUGAUCGAUUCGUUGGGAUGAUGACUUGGCAAGGCAAGCUGACUGAUAGAACAGCAAGCAUUUUCCAAGGCAACCAAAUGAAACUGAAGCUGGUCAACAUUCAGAAAGCUAAAAUAUCCACAGCUGCAUUCCUAAAAGCCUUCUGCCAUCACAGACUCAUUGAACUGGAUGCUACUGCAGCACGCACUGACCUCUCAAUCCCAGACAUCCUCAGUGGGCUCUGCAGCAAUAGCUGGAUCCAAGAAAACCUCCGACGUCUCGUCUUGGACUCAGCAAGCAUCCCUCGAGAUUCAAGAAUGUUGUUCUUUGGUCAGCUCACUGGUCUUCGCGUUUUAAGCGUUUUCAAUGUUUGUUUUCAUAGUGAAGACCUGGUUAAUGUUUCGCAGUUACCAAAACUGGAAAGCUUGGAUAUCUCUAAUACUCUGGUCACUAACAUCUCUGCACUCCUUACCUGUAAGGAUCGACUCAGAUCUCUUACAAUGCACUAUCUAAAAUGUCUGACCAUGACCAAACCACAGAUUCUCGCAGUCAUUAGAGAACUUAAAUGUCUGCUUCACCUUGAUAUUUCUGAUCACAGGCAACUCAAGUCAGAUCUAGCUUUUCAUUUGCUACAGCAGAAAGAUAUUCUGCCCAAUAUUGAGUCCCUGGACAUUUCUGGGGGUAGUUACAUCACUGAUGGAGCUGUAGAACUAUUUAUACAACAACGGCCUGCGAUGCAAUUUGUGGGACUGUUGGCUACAGAUGCUGGUUAUUCUGACUUCUUUUCUGCAAAGGAAGGCUUGAGGGUUGCUGGGGGAGCCAACAUAAGCCAGAUUUCAGAGGCGCUGAGCUGCUACAGGAAUAGGUCGUGUUUCGUGAAGGAAGCCCUCUACAGGCUCUUCACAGAGACAUUUUCAACGCAAGUAACCAUGCCUGCUAUUUUAAAGCUUGUGGCUGUAGGAAUGAGGAAUCAUCCAUUGGAUUUGCCAGUGCAGUUCACAGCCAGCGCUUGUGCCCUCAACUUAACACGCCAGGGCCUGGCCAGGGGGAUGCCUGUUCGUCUGUUGUCAGAGGUUACCUGUCUACUUUUCAAGGCUUUGAAAACUUUCCCCCAUUACCAGCAGUUACAGAAGAAUUGUCUUCUCUCCUUAACCAAUUCCAGGAUUCUUGUGGAUGUUCCAUUCAAUAGGUUCGAUGCUGCCAAGUUUGUUAUGAGAUGGCUCUGUAAGCAUGAAGACCCCAAGAUGCAAGCCAUGGCAGUGAGCAUAAUCUCUAUUCUUGCCCUGCAGCUCUCACCUGAGCAAACUGCACAACUUAAAGAGGAGGUUUUCAUGGCAGUUAAGGAACUUCUAGCAAUAGUAAAACAAAAGACUGCUGAGAGUCUAGAUGAUGUCACCCUCUUGUUUACUUUGAAAGCACUUUGGAAUCUUACAGAACAAUCUCCAGCUGCUUGUAGGCACUUUAUUGAAAAUCAAGGAUUGGCAAUCUUCAUCCAAGUCUUAGAGACUUUUUCAGAGACAGCAAUACAAAGCAAAGUACUUGGUCUUUUGAACAACAUUGCUGAAGUCAGAGAACUCUUUUCCAAGCUGAUUACUGAAGAUGUGGUAAAGCAUAUCAGUAGCUUGCUCCAUAGCAAGGAAUUGGAAGUCAGCUAUUUAGCUGCAGGCAUCAUUGCUCACCUGACAUCUGACAAACAGCCCUGGAUAUCUUGUGACCUCCAGAGGAGAGCGCUUCUCCAGGAUCUGUAUACAACCAUCCAGAAUUGGCCAAGUUCAAGUUGUAAGAUGACAGCUUUGAUCACUUACAGAUCCUUCAAGGCAUUUUUCCCGCUCCUUAGCAACUUCUCUCAACCAGAGGUUCAGCUCUGGGCACUAUGGGCCAUGUAUCAUGUCUGCAGUAAAAACCCCAGCAAAUACUGCAAAAUGUUAGUUGAAGAAGAAGGAUUGCAGCUUUUGUGUGACAUCCGGGAGCACAGUGAGGCAGACCCCCAAGCACAGCAGAUUGCAGCCUCCAUUGUAGAUGACUUCAAAAUGCAUUUUAUGAAUUACCAGAGACCCUCUCUUUGUUGA